CUUCACCUUGGAGAUCAUCUCCCUGCUGAGCGGAGAGGAUUACACCAUAGUGAAUAAGACAUCUGGAGGGACUCCCAUCAUCCAUGAGUCAGGAGGGUGGAGCAGGACCCCCAUCGCAGAGCCUCCCCCCCUGAUACAUGAGCAGAAGAUCCUAGAACUCACCCACAAGAUGAUGGAGCUGCUGACUGGAGAGGUUCCUGUAAAGUGUCAGGAUGUGUCGGUCUAUUUCUCCAUGGAGGAGUGGGAGUAUGUAGAAGGACACAAGGAUCUGUACAAGGAGGCCAUGAUGGAGGAUCCCCGGCCUCUGACAUCACCAGAUGGAGUCAUAGAAAGAAAACCCCCUGAGAGAUGUCCCCGUCCUCUGUAUUCCCAGGACUGUCCAGAGGAGAAGCUCCCAGAGAACCAUCAGAAUGAAAAUCUGAUUGAUAUUAAGGUUGAGGUUAUAGAUGAAGAAAAAGAAGAGGAGAUAGAUUUGUGCAGCGCUCAUAAGUAUGGACUCAUACAAAGAAAUUUCUCUGAGAGAUGUCCCCGUCCUCUGUAUUCCCAGGACUGUCCAGAGGAGAAGCUCCCAGAGAACCAUCAGAUGACAAAUCAGGGGGAAGAUGUGACUGAUAUUAAAGUGGAGGAUGAAGAAGAGCUGGACACUCGGCUUAGCAUCAGGUUUUGGAGGCACGCCGGCUGCGAUGAACGGCUGCAGUGA